AUGGAUCAAGUGAAAUCUGCAUUAAAAACAGUUCAACAAACGGUGACUGACGGUAUUCAUGAUCUUACUAAUAGUGAUAACAAUAAAAAGACAAAUCAACAAUCAAAAUCAUCAAAAAAACCUGCACCAACAGCUAAACUCAAAGCUAUUAAACAAAUUAGUAUUCGUGGUAUUCCAUUGUUAGAAAAUGUUCAAGGUGUAAAGAAAACUUUCAAUCGUCAUUUACAUUUUGCUGUUGUUAAAGAUCGUGAUGUAGCUACUGAACGUGAUUAUUAUCAAUCAUUAGCUUAUACUGUUCGUGAUCAUCUCGUUGGUCGAUGGAUUCGUACACACCAACAUCAUUAUGAAACUGAUGGAAAACGUGUUUAUUAUCUUUCCAUGGAAUUUUUUAUGGGACGAACAUUAGCAAAUACUAUGGUUAAUUUAGGCAUUGAAAAUGAUGUUGAUGAAGCUCUUUAUGAAUUAGGUUUAAAUAUUGAAGAAUUAGAAGAAUUUGAAAUGGAUGCAGCACUUGGUAAUGGUGGCCUUGGUCGAUUAGCUGCAUGCUUUCUUGAUAGUAUGGCUACAUUAGGACUUGCAUCAUAUGGAUAUGGUCUUCGAUAUGAUUAUGGAAUUUUUACACAAAAAAUUGAAGAUGGUUAUCAAAAUGAAUAUCCUGAUGAUUGGUUACGAUAUGGUAAUCCAUGGGAAAUAUCUCGACCAGAAUUUCUUGUACCUGUACAAUUCUAUGGUAAAGUUAUUGAAGAAAAUGGGAAAAUGAAAUGGAUUGAAACAGAAAUUAUUCAAGCUAUGCCAUUUGAUACACCGAUUCCUGGUUAUAAUAAUAAUGUUGUAAAUACACUACGAUUAUGGUCAGCUAAAGCACCAGGAAAAUUUAAUUUUCAAUUAUUUAAUGCUGGUGAUUAUAUACGUGCUGUUUCUGAACAAAGUUUAACAGAAAAUAUUACUCGAGUAUUAUAUCCAAAUGAUAAUUUUGAUGAAGGAAAAAUUCUUCGUUUAAAACAAGAAUAUUUCUUAGUAUCAGCAUCAUUACAAGAUAUAAUACGACGUUUUAAAAUCUCUAAAACUUAUACAAAAACAGGUAAACAACCUGAUUUUACACAUUUUCCAGACAAAGCAGCUAUUCAGUUAAAUGAUACACAUCCGGCAUUAUCCGUUGCUGAAUUAAUGCGUUUAUUAAUUGAUGAAGAAAAUUUUGAUUGGGAUCAAGCAUUUGAUAUAACAAAAAAAACUAUUGCUUAUACAAAUCAUACAUUAUUACCUGAAGCACUUGAACGUUGGCCAAUUACUAUGUUUGAAGCACUUUUACCACGUCAUUUACAAAUUAUUAAAGAAAUUAAUUCACGUCAUUUAGAUCUUGUAAAACAAAAAUGGCCUGGCGAUGAUCAAUAUUGUGAACGUAUGUCAAUUAUUCAAGAUGAAGUUGUUAACAUGGGUUAUUUAUCCAUUGUUGGUUCACAUGCUGUUAAUGGUGUUGCUCAAUUACAUAGUGAUUUACUGAAAUCUACAUUAUUUAAAGAUUUUUAUCAACUUAAUCCUGAAAAAUUUCAAAAUAAAACUAAUGGUAUAACACCACGUCGUUGGAUACUUUUAUGUAAUCCUGAUUUAUCAGAGAUAAUUGCAAAUAAAAUUGGUGAAAAAUGGAUAACAGAUUUAUCUCAACUAUCACAAUUACGUAAUUUUAUUACUGAUGAACAAUUUAUUCGAGAUGUUCAACGUGUUAAAUUUGAAAAUAAACAACGUUUAGUUUCUAUGUUUAAAAAUGACUAUGGCGUUGAUGUUAAUCCAAAUUCAAUGUUUGAUGUACAAAUAAAACGUAUACAUGAAUAUAAACGACAAUUAUUAAAUUGUCUUCAUAUAAUUACACUUUAUAAUCGUAUUAAAGAUAAUCCAAAUACAGAAAUUGUUCCACGUACAGUUAUUUUUGGUGGAAAGGCUGCACCUGGUUAUCAACAAGCUAAAUUAAUUAUCAAAUUAAUUUGUAAUGUUGGACGUACAAUUAACAAUGAUCCAAAAAUUGGUGGUCGACUUAAAGUUAUUUUUCUUGAAAAUUAUCGUGUUAGUCUUGCUGAAAAAAUCAUUCCUGCUGUUGAUUUAUCUGAACAAAUAUCUUUGGCUGGUUUGGAAGCAUCAGGUACAGGUAAUAUGAAAAUGAUGCUUAAUGGUGCAUUAACAAUUGGUACAUUGGAUGGUGCAAAUGUUGAAAUGGAUGAAGAAGUUGGACGUGAUAAUAUAUUUAUAUUUGGUAUGACAGUAGAAGAUGUUGAUGCAUUAAAAGGAAAAGGAUAUAACUCAAAAGAAUUUUAUGAACGUGAACCAGAAUUAAAACGAGUAUUAGAUCAGAUACGUGAUGGAUAUUUUUCACCAGAAGAUCCAAAUCUAUUUGUUGAUAUUAUUAAAAGUUUACUUGAUUAUAAUGAUUAUUAUAUGUUACUUGCUGAUUAUGCUGAAUAUAUUAAAGCACAUGAACGCGCUGAACAAUUAUUUAAAAAUCCAAUUGAAUGGACGAAAAAAGCUGUAUUAAAUAUAGCUGCAUCAGGUAAAUUUUCAUCUGAUCGAACAAUCGCUCAAUAUGCUACAGAAAUUUGGGGUGUUACACCAUCAGAUAAAAAAUUACCUGCACCAGAAGAAGGUCGGCCAGGAACGAAAGAUGAAGGAGAAAAACUCGAAUCAACACAACCACAUAUUCGACGACACGAUUAUUAA